AUGUCCCUCGAUAGCAAAAGGAGUAAGCGGAGGAGCAGAGGGAGCAGCAGAGGGAGCAGCGGCGUGCUGUUCUCUGUGGCCCUCCUGUUGGUGGUGGCCAUGAUGGCGGAGCCUGCAGCAGCUCAGAAGCAGCGAGCCGGCGGUGGCUCGGAGAAGGUGCCGGUCCUGAACAUUGCCGUGAUCCUGGGACGCACACGCUACAUCUCAGACCGGGACAUCCGGGCUCUGUGGAGCAAAGAGGAUCCCAUCGACGUCAACGUGGUCACACUGCUGGUCAACGAGACCGACCCCAAGAGCAUCAUCACUCACAUGUGCGACCUGAUGUCGGGGACCAAGAUCCACGGCGUGGUGUUCGGGGACGGCACCGACCAAGAGGCCAUCGCCCAGAUUUUGGAUUUUAUUUCCUCACAGACGCUCAUACCCAUCCUGGGCAUCCAUGGAGGGUCGUCCAUGAUCAUGGCUGAUAAGUCGACGUCACGCGCCCUCAGCACUUAG